GUGCGCGCGCGCGAGCCAGCCUCGGACCCGCGCCCCCGCCCGGCGCAGGACGGCCCCGGGAUCCCGUAACGCGCGCGCGCGCGCCGGGUCCCACACUCCCCCCGUGCCCGGCCGCCAGCUGUGCACCCCGCCGGGCUGUGCAAGAAGAUGGCGGGAUCGGUGGCCGACAGUGAUGCCGUAGUGAAACUAGAUGACGGGCAUUUAAACAACUCCUUGGGCUCUCCAGUUCAAGCAGACUUGUACUUCCCACGACUGAUAGUUCCAUUUUGUGGGCACAUUAAAGGUGGCAUGAAACCAGGCAAAAAGGUGUUAGUGAUGGGCAUCGUGGACCUCAACCCGGAGAGCUUUGCGAUCAGCUUGACUUGUGGUGACUCGGAAGAUCCUCCCGCGGAUGUGGCAAUUGAACUUAAAGCUGUGUUCACAGACAGACAGCUACUCAGAAAUUCCUGCAUAUCCGGAGAAAGGGGAGAAGAACAGUCAGCAAUUCCUUACUUCCCAUUCAUCCCAGAUCAGCCAUUCAGAGUGGAAAUUCUUUGUGAGCACCCACGUUUCAGAGUUUUUGUGGAUGGACACCAACUUUUUGAUUUUUACCACCGCAUUCAAACGUUAUCUGCAAUCAACACCAUAAAGAUAAAUGGGGACCUCCAGAUCACUAAGCUUGGCUGAUGUUGUUUAAACCACCUCUGUUUCAAAUAGGAUCAGGUGCCACGACUCUCUGAGUGCUGGUCUGGAAGAAAUGUCUUAGCAAGAUCUGGAGACUUAAAAAGAAAACAAAAACAAAAGGCAAGCUUCACUGUCUCGUUUCUGUGCAGUUUAAACCCAAAAUGGCAACCUCAACUGUGGUUUGCCCUUCGGAAGAAAGCUGUUGGGACAAAGACACUGAGCCAUUAUUCCCAGAACAAAAUAAUACACUUAUGCUGGAUUUUAUUUAGACUACACUAAAGUGGAUUUAUGGUGAUUUGUGAUUGGGUAGAAAUUUAUUCAUCUUUUCAAAGCAAAGUGAUGCUGAGAAACAAAAGUGCUAAUGACUUAAACGGUACACUGAAAUCAACUAUCAUUUCUGCACUGAAGUGGAACUGUGUAGCACAACCGACAUUUUAGUCAGGGUAUUUACAUAGAAUGUAGGUUGUUGAAGGUUUGUUUGGUUUUGUUUUGGUUUUGUUUGGUUGGUUUUUGUUUUGUUUUGUUUUUUUUGCAUAGCAUAAUGUUAAUUCAGAUUUUUAAAGCUUUCUUGUAGUUAUUUAUUUAUAUUCAGUGUAUGUAUUAGAGAAUGAGCAGUGUCUCUGAGCAUCCAGAACAGCAAUUUAUGAACUUUUGAAUGUAUAAAUAUCUUAGGUCCCUGGGGGAAAAUUAUGUAUUACAAUCAUGAAACAGGUGAAUUUUCACCUAAAAGAAUUGAGUGUGCCCUCCAUACCCCUAAACUUAGGAUUUCUUGCUAUAAAUUGCUGUAGGUGCUUUUGGGAAACUUUGCAACAUUUCGAUAAAAUUGCUUUUCAAGUUAUUGACCAUUAAGUAAAAUUCUAUUUACAUUGCUUUUUCUCCUUACUGUGAAUUAGCACAGUAUUGGCUUCCUUAAGGCUAAUUAAAUACUUUUCCCUAGAUUUACAUAUUAGCUCAUUAAGUUGUUAUUAAAUUAGUUGAAAACACCUGAGAGGUGAUCGCAUAGACAAUUUGUUAAAUGACUACUAUAUAAACUUUUAAAAGUAUAAUAUGAAAAUGAUUCUGGAAUGCAGUAUAAAGCAGAAGCAAAUGGCCCCAUAUAACUUUCUCGGAAAUCAUUUAUAUCAAUUUAAGCUGUUAGCUCAUCGUAUAACUUCUUUUAUGUGACCCUCACCAACAUCACCAAGCGAUGCCUUUGGAGCUUCAGAGUAGAGGACACUUACUACUGUGUUGACACUGCUGAGAUAUUAGGAUAAGACAGGAUCCCGCUUAGGAAAUGAUCCAGUUAAUCUGCAAGGUUAACCCCCAGGCCUCCAGAUCUUUGAGUGCAGCCAAGAGUGUGGAUGCUUCAAAUUAAGCUGGAGGAGUUUCUUUGCACCUGUGGAACUGAUCAAGCAGUAGAGUGCCCUGCUCCAGCCCAAACCUGCAGAACUGUAAAUAUCACUACAAGGCAAGGACUGGUUGGAGUCCUGGGUGCUGGGCUUCACAAACUGCCUUGGCCUUGGAGAGAAGGCCCCUUGGCAUUGCUUUGGUCACAUCGUGGGGGAGCAAAGAAGUAUGGUGUGGGGGUGUAUUUCUAUAUAAUUUAGAUUUGAUUUGUACAGCACACUGCGUCUUGCUAUGACAUGUUCUUGUCCUGCUUUGCUUUUGAGUUUUUUACACAACAUGCAGAGGCACUGAAGUGGCCAUGUCAUUUUCACGUGUCGAGAAUGUAGACAGUGUUUCAGUACCAAAGUCUAAGAAAAACAAAGCAAACUAAAAGUUUGAAUUUUUUAUAGGUGAUGUGUUUGGAUUCUUAUCAACUUUGAAACUGUUUAGCACAGUUUCCAUUGUGUUAUUUAAGAAGAUACUUUAUCCCACAAGACACUGCUGUGUAUUGAAAAACAUUACAUACCAGCUGAGUUAUUCAGCCUGAUCGGCCUUCAGGGCUGUUUUGUGGCUCCAGGUAUUUCCAAGUUCGUGAUUAACUUCUCAUGGGCUUGUAGAGCCAUUAAAUUUUGAGGAGUGUUCGUAGAGAGAUUUAGAGGGCACCCUGGGAAUAUACUUGUAGGGGUGUUGAGUCUACUUAUGGGGGAAGCCCCUGUGGGAGGUCUCCUUUGAAUAGCCAACUUUUCCCACCCACUGCAUAAUUCAGCAGAAACUAGCCCAGCUUGGAGUGUAGCUGAUUGGAGCUGACACUGUUCUCUCUACCUAUGAGCUAACUCAAUAGCAGGCAAGCUCCCAGGCAGCUUAACUUGACGCAGUGUUAACCCUCUCAUUUCUCUACGAGAUCAGUGGGAACCUCUUGGAUGAGCCUUAGGGAUCCAUCUAAAUGAACUGAUGAUUUGCAUCAGGUAUAGCUGCAUUAUUAGGGGUCUAAUCUGGCUGCCCUAAUCGUUUGCUUGUAAACCAGAAACAAUUUUCACAUCCUUUCAUUGGCCUGUGAAGUCUAAGGUGAGAAUUUCAGGAGGGAAAGUGCAAUUUAAGGCUUCACAGGAAGGCAUUUGGGUUAUUUUGAAUUAUUUCUGACCAGAGCACUAGUUUUGCAAUAUGACCAAAACCAAGGAAUAUAAAUAACAAUCAGGCUCUGGGGGAAUAAAAGGCAGGCUUUAGACUAUCUGUCCGUUUUCUGCAGCAAAAUCAAAGUGAAUGUGUGUAUCUACUUAAAAGUUAAUAAAAGUGACUUCUACUUUUUGGGCUAUCUCA